AUGCCUUCUCUUCUAAGCCUUGUCACUGCGGCUGCCCUUCUGGCCGACGGUGUUGUUUCGCAACAAGCACCUACCGUCACGAUCAAGAAUGGUACUCUCGAAGGAAGAUAUGAACCUGGAUACAAUCAGGAUCUGUUCUUGGGUAUCCCUUUUGCUCAGCCUCCUGUCGGCCAACUUCGUUUCCAGAACCCUCAGAGUCUGAACGAGACAUUUGACACCCUUGAGGUGAAGAAGUAUGGCGACUCUUGUGUUGGAUACGGAAACACCGCCGACCAGGGUCCUGCUACCUUCAGCGAGGACUGUCUCACCCUGAACGUUGUCCGACCUGCGGGCAGUAGCAGCGAUGAGAAGCUUCCUGUUGGUGUUUUCAUCCACGGUGGAGGUUGGACCAUGGACUUUGCUGCCAACGGUGCCUACAACAUGACCUUCAUGGUCGAGGAAGCUGUCAAAGCUGGCAAGCCUUUCGUUGCUGUCUCCGUCGCUUACCGACUUGCUUUCUGGGGUUUCUUGGCCAGCAAGGACGUCAUGGACGCCGGCAUCGCCAACCUCGGUUUGAAGGAUCAGCGUCUCGCUCUUGAAUGGGUCCAGGAGAACAUUGGCGCUUUCGGUGGUGAUACCUCAAAGGUCACCAUCUUUGGUGAGAGUGCUGGUGGUGGUAACGUCGGUUAUCACGCUACUGCUUACGGAGGCAGAGACGACAAACUCUUCCGAGGUAUCAUUGCUCAGUCCGGUGCUGAUGGAACUGACAUGAAAAACCUCACUCAACCUGAGCGACGCUACAACAUCAUUGCUGAAGCUGCUGGCUGUGGCGACGCUUCUGACAAGCUUGCUUGUCUCCGUGAGGUGUCUUUCGAGAAGCUCAACGCUACCAGCACCAAGGUUCCCGGAAACUUCUACCCUGUUGUCGACAAUGACUUUAUCCCUGAUUAUCCCUCUACACUCCUCGAGAACGGCAAGUUCGUCAAGGUUCCCCUCAUAACCGGCACCAAUGCCGACGAGGGCAGCUUCUUCGCCGGCCCCGGUGUCGACAACGAUGAGCAGUUUGCUGCUGCUAUCAUGUCGAAUGGCGUCGAUGCCAACACUACCGAGACAUUGAUGGCUCUGUAUCCCAACAUCGACGCGCUUGGUGUCCCUUCUGGUUACCGCCGAAAGGCUAAUGACUCUGUCAAGGCUCAGUUCAAGCGCAUGGCAGCUUUCCAGGGUGACAAUCUCUUUGUUAGCUGGAGACGCAGAAGGUCCGAUGCUUGGUCUAAGUAUGGUGUGCCUGCUUACACUUACUUGUUCGAGUCUCCUAACACAAACAUGCCUCCUCAAAUCGGAACUCCUCACUUUGUCGAGGUCGCCUACGUCUUCUUCAACAAGCUCGGUAUGGGUUAUGGCAAGAACCUUGGUCCAUUCCACAAUGCUUCCAAGGAGGUUCUCGACCUUGCCCAGCUUGUUACUCGAAUGUGGAUCAGCUUCAUCACUGAAGGAAACCCUAACGAGCACGGCCUUGCUGGAAUUCCCGAGUGGCCUGUGUUCAAGAGCGGCGGUGGCUACGGACAGAACUUCUACUUCAACCCCAACGGUUCCAGCGUUGAGCCUGAUACCUUCCGAUUGGCUGGUACUACUUUCAUGAACUCUCUUGCGGAGCAGUUUGGAAGGUAA